AUGCUUGCCAGUAUAAUGGUUCGCUUUUCUCCAUACACAUUGCAUUCCACACUUGUGCCAUCGCUUACCAAGCUGGGUAAUGCAGAUGAAAUUCCGUCGAUUAUUGAUAUCUCGUUAGACCGUUUGAGGACUGCCAGGCUCUAUUGUAACAGCGCCGAGUCCUACUGGUACCACUUAUCUGACUCGGCGUACUCGAUAGGACGCAUCGCCUAUCGUAUCGUCAUUGCGCGAGAGCACGACUUUUUGAUGCAGACCGAACAAUGGGUCACAAUGGCGGUGAAGAGCUUGAGACCUUUCAUUAUGAUACUCGCCAGUAUCUUCUUCAUACUUCUCACGAUCUCACUGACAAAGCCAUCAAGAUUCAACGAAGUGGGAGUGCAACGGAUAGGGCGAGCUUUCAGCCUUGAUCACAUCAUGGGAGGGCUCCCGAGUGAGUACCGGCCAACCAAGGUUGCUGAGGCCUUUGAUACUUGGCACAGCUGCCUCAGUGAAGCUCUGACUCCCAUAAUGAAUGACUCAAAACAGCUGUGGGGGACGUUCCGUGAUUCUGUCAAUCGCUGUUACACAUCAUCUCCAAUGAAAAAUAUCGUCCUGACGGGUGUUUCCAACAAAGACGAAAUCAAAUUUCACGUUUUCAACAAGACCGAUGAUACGCCAUCAGUCGUCAUUACACUGGGUAUUGGCUGGGAUGUACAGGCUGAGAAGAAGUUGAAGGAACAGUUACCAAAUGGUUCGCAAUUCUACGGCGCUGAUCCAAUCUACGAGCAGAACGAUAAACUCUACUCUGAAAUUGGACAGUAUUUCCCGCUGGCCGUUGGGCAUUAUGUAUUCCGAACCAUGGUACACAUCGAUGUUAUAACGUUCCUGACCAAACUGACGCAAACACGAUUCAUUGAUCAGUUCCUUAUGGACAACGAAGGUCCAGAAUAUGAUCUGUUACCAAUGAUGGGGGUUGGACGCGAGUUCGACCAGAACGGCAUCAUUGUUUGUCAAAUCAAUGCUGAGAUUCAUCACGGUCACACCGACUAUCAGGAGCGAUUUGCUGCUGUCCUACAACAAUUACUCUCAGAUCGUCGCUAUGCAAUCUUCAAAGUAGUCACUACAACACAUCAUCGAACGUUCCUUCUUAAUUUCGAACAUCGAGAAUGCAUUGAAAAAUACAUUCUACAGUAUUUUAGGUAG